CUGCCUGGCCGGUGAUCAUUCCAGAGUUUGUGGAUGCACUUAGAUGUUUGCAAUGAGCACUGUGGCUGGCAUGCCCCAGUGUUUUGGAUACCAAUGCAUAGAAAUCCAUAGUAAACGAAUUUAUCAGAAACGAACGUCAUGAGCAUAGUGGUCCCGUUGGGGGUUGAUACAGCAGAAACAUCUUAUUUGGAAAUGGCUGCAGGCUCAGAACCUGAAUCUGUAGAAGCUAGCCCUGUGGUAGUUGAGAAGUCAAACAGUUAUCCACACCAACUAUAUAAUAGCAGCUCUCAUCAUUCACACAGUUACAUUGGUUUGCCUUAUGCGGACCAUAAUUAUGGCGCUCGUCCUCCUCCAACACCCCCAGCAUCGCCGCCUCCUUCCGUUCUUAUAAGCAAGAAUGAAGUAGGCAUAUACACUGCUCCAAAUUUCGAUGAGACAUCCAGUGCUACUACUAUCAGCACAUCUGAGGAUGGAAGCUACGGCACUGAUAUAACUCGGUGCAUUUGUGGAUUCACCCACGACGAUGGCUAUAUGAUCUGUUGUGACAAAUGCAGUGUUUGGCAGCACAUUGAUUGCAUGGGGAUUGAGAGGCAGCAUAUUCCUGACACAUACCUUUGUGAGCGUUGCCAGCCUAGGAGCUUAGAUAAAGAAAGAGCAGUGUUGCUCCAGCGUAGAAAAAGGGAAAAUAUGUCAGAUGGGGAUACCAGUGCAACAGAAAGUGGUGAUGAGGUUCCUGUCGAAUUAUAUACUGCUUUUCAACACACACCAACUACAAUUACGCUAACUGCUACACGAGUUACAAAGGUCACAGAUAAGAAAAGGAAAAAAAGCGGAGAGAAAGAGCAAACCAUCACAAAAUGUAAAAAAGCUUUCCGUGAAGGUUCCAGAAAAUCUUCAAGAGUUAAGGGCUCGGCUCCGGAGAUUGAUCCUUCUGAUAUUUCAAACUUUGGGUGGGAGACUAAAAUCAAGGCAUGGAUGGACCGAUACGAAGAGGCAAGCAACAAUCAGUACAGCGAAGGUGUUCAGAGAGAGGCCCAGCGAAUAGUUUUGAGAUUAGGAAAUGGAGAUGAAAAAAAAGAAAUGGUCACCAGCAACUCAAUCUUCAAACCUCCAAUAGAGAGCUAUAUUCAAAAAAACAAGAAAAUCCUAAAAGCUGCCAAAGACCUGCCUCCUGAUGCACUUAUUAUUGAAUAUCGCGGAAAAUUCAUGCUGAGGGAACAAUUUGAAGCUAAUGGAUAUUUCUUUAAGAGGCCGUACCCCUUUGUUCUGUUCUAUUCUAAAUUUCACGGGCUGGAAAUGUGUGUGGAUGCAAGAACCUUCGGAAACGAAGCUCGAUUUAUCAGACGUUCUUGUACACCUAAUGCCGAGGUUAGACAUGCCAUUGAAGAUGGAACUAUUCACCUUUAUAUCUAUUCCACCCAGGACAUUCCAAAGGGAACAGAAAUAACAAUAGCGUUUGAUUUUGAUUAUGGAAAUUGCAAAUACAAAGUGGACUGUGCUUGCCUCAAAGAAAACCCUGAAUGCCCGGUGUUGAAGCGUCCCUCCGAGCCUACCGAAGCUAUAAAUACAGGUUAUGAAACCAGAAGGAAAAAGGGGAAAAAGGAGAAGGAAACCCAAAACCAGAACAUCACACUGGAUUGUGAAGGCGCAACGGGCAAAACCAAGUUUCCAGAAAACCGACAGAGGAAACUUUCUCCCCUUCGAUUGUCGAUCUCAAAUAAUCAGGAGCCAGAUUUUAUUGAUGAUAUAGAAGAAAAAACUCCUAUUAGCAGUGAAGUAGAAAUGGAAUCAGAGGAGCAGAUUGCAGAAAGGAAGAGGAAGAUGACCAGAGAAGAACGGAAGAUGGAAGCCAUCCUUCAAGCUUUUGCCAGAUUAGAAAAAAGAGAAAAAAGAAGAGAACAAGCUUUGGAAAGAAUCAGUACAGCUAAAACGGAAAUAAAAUCAGAAUGCAGGGAUACCCAGAUCAUCAACGAGGCGGAAUUUGUUCAGGAACCAGCGAAAGAGGAAACCCCCACCAAGCCAGCCCCUGCCAAAGUCAACAGGACAAAACAGAGAAAAAGCUUUUCCCGGAACAGGACGCACAUCGGGCAGCAGCGGCGAAGGCACAGGACCGUCAGCAUGUGCUCGGAUAUCCAGCCAUCCUCUCCUGACGUGGAAGUCAUCACCCCGCACCAGGAACCCGAGACCGCCGUGCUUCCGGCCGAGCCUGAAGCAGAGACACCCGUGGCUGAAGUAGUCCCUGAGCCCGAAGCCCCAGCACUUACUAAAUGCCCCACUAAAUACCCCAAAACAAAAAAGCACUUGGUGAGCGAGUGGUUAAGCGAGAAGAGCGAGAAGCCGGGAAAGCCCGUGGAAAACCUCUCAGAGAGGCCUCUGCGCAUAACCACCGACCCAGAGGUCUUGGCGACCCAGCUGAACUCUUUGCCAGGCCUCACUUUCAGCCCGCAUGUCUACACGACGCCGAAGCACUAUAUCCGUUUUACGUCGCCCUUCCUUUCUGAAAAACGGCGGAGGAAAGAGCCGAUGGAACGCAUUCUGGGCUCCUGCAAGAAGCGUUGGUUAAAGCAAGCUCUGGAAGAAGAAAACACGGUGGUUGGGUUUUUUAUUUCCUCGCCCCACGAAGGAUCCAGAAGUCCUGUCGUCAACGGCGAGAGCAGAAGCCCCCUAUUACUGACCGACAGCUGUUGCUUGCCAGAUCUGACGACGCCACUCAAGAAGCGAAGACAGUACCAGCUGUUGGACUCCGCCUAUUCAGAAACGUCAACGCCCACUCCUUCUCCAUACGCCACGCCCACCCACGCCGAUUUCUCCGCCUCGGACCCCUUAUUGCUCGCCACGCCUCCCCGAAUCAAAGCAGAAGACGAAACCUGCAGGAACGGUUACAAGCCUAUUUAUUCAUCCGUUACUUCGGUGAUUCCAUGUGUCCAUGGGAACGCAGUGCACUUUGAGAAUAUUUCUUCACCUGAAAGUUCUCCAGAAGUUAAGAGGCGAACAUUUAAUCAAGAGGGAUACGAACGUUCCUGCGCGUCCAUGCUCGCGCUCAACCCGUUCCGAAAUUCCAGCCUGACAGAAAUAUGCCUGCAAGAGAUCAAGACGAUCGGCUACUCCAGCCCAAGGAGUCGAGCCGAGGGCCCCAGGCAGGGCUCGGGAGAAAAGGAGCCCCCCUCCGAGCUCCAGCUGGGACUCGAAGCGGCCGAGCAAAGCGCGCUGCACAAAACGCUGGUGGACGCUCCCUGCCACAACCGGACUGAUGCAAGCAGCCAACUGGAAACGGCGGCGCAUUGCGGGCGGGGAGCGGUUUAUCCCACCUGGAUCAAAAGCCCCGACAGGACAGGUGUCAAUUUCUCCAUGAAUUCGAAUUUGAGAGACUUAACUCCUUCGCACCAGUUAGAAGUCGGCGGCGGCUUCCGGAUCAACGAGUCGAAGUGCCCGAUUCCCGAGGACGCGCGAGGCAUGUUUGUGGACGCUCCGGUGUUUUGUACUUCCGAAGAGGGGCUGGCAGCCGGUUUUGGGAGGGCUGCCAGUAGCGACGGCCUGAUGGACGCCAACGGCACACCCCAGAAUCCCCCACAAAAGAAAAAGGUGUCGCUUCUGGAAUACCGCAAGAGGCAGCGAGAAGCCCGGAAAAGCGGCUCCAAAGCCGAAACUUUUUCUCUCCUCAGCAUGUCACCUCACGCUGCCGGGGGAGGGAACGGCGGUGCUGCUCCCGACGGCUACACCAGCAGCGAAAAUGGGGAGCAGCCGGAGAGGGAGCAGCCCGCCGCCAGCCUCCCCUCAUCUUUGCCAGCCACGGAUUACAGCGCCGUUUCCGAAGAAAGCGAAAACUCUUCGUCCUUAAAGGAGGCUUCCGGCGAAAAGAGCGAUCCGGAGGGCCAGUGGACCUCUUCAACAUCGGUGGAGCAAGUCAGGGAACGAAGUUAUCAGCGAGCAUUGCUUCUUAGUGAUCACAGAAAAGACAAGGAUUCUGGUAAGAGAUCACUGAGUGGAUCACACGCCCUCCUUUUGUGUAGCAGCUCCUGGUUGCUGAGCCGCGGUGGCACAGUGUUUAAUCUAUUUCCCCCCCCCCCAAUUUCUUACCAAUAUCCAGACCCAGCAAUAUUUCUAUUUAGAGACUUGUUUGUUGCAGAAACUGAUCCUGAAAAUCUGGAGCCUACAAGUGAAUGUCCAUCCCCAGAUACUCCUCUGAAGACGUGCAAGAGUCCUCUGAAACCAAGCAAGACUUCUUCUUCUUCUUCUUCACCAAAUCCUGUCGUUCCUGUUCAGCCGCUCGGAAAAACGCCCACAAAACAGGAUUCCCAGUGGGAGAGCGCAGGAGACACUCCUGGGGCCGACAACGCAACUCACCCCAAACCAGACCAGCAACCGAAACCGCCGCCCAAUAACGCCGAAGCACUUUCGAAACCGCCCCAGCCCCUCCUGCGUGGGGCGGCUGACCCUCUCGGCCAGAAGCCGCCGCCGGCCCCACCGAAGCUCCCUUGCCCCACGUCGCCUCACGUCGAAAACGCCCCCAAGCCGUCCACCCCCCUCGCCCCAGCUCAGCAUGGCUACCUGUCGCCAAAGCCUCCUUCCCAACCGCUGGGGUCACCGUACCGGCCUCACCACCCGCCGUCUCCCCAAGUGGGGACACCUCAGAGAGACUCGCACCGGGGUUUUUACGCCGCCACCCAAGCGCUUCAGCCCGGCGCCCCGCAGCCGACCACCGGGACGUUGUUCCCCCCAACCUCUUCGGUCUCUUACGGUCCGUUUCACCAACAAACUCUCAACGCGGGGCCCCCGCCACCCCCUCCCCCUCCGCCCCCCUCCACCACGUACUAUCAAAACCAGCAGCCCCCCUCAGGAAACUUUCAAAAUUACAACCCGCUCAAAAGCGGCCUCCCGUCCCAGCAAACCAUCUUCCCCUCCGGACCAAACCAAGCCCUCACCAGCACCGCCUGUCAGCAGCAGCCCGUCUCGGGCCACCUGGUCAACAGCGGGCACUUCCUGCCCUCCCCAACGCCCAGCAUCCAUCACCAGAGCCCUGUGGUGGGGGUGCCCCCGCCUCCACCCCCUCCUCCAGCGGCUCCCGGACCGCACCUGGUGCAGGCGCAGAACACGCACCCGCCGCACGCCGGGGCCCACGGGGUGAGUCCCGCGGCCGCCAGUUCCCACCUCCAUUCGCCAGCUGCCAGCCACCACCUGCCUCCACCCCCGCCGCCUCCUCCCGGCCCCCUCCCUCACCACCUCCCUACUCACCCCACUGCAGCCCAUCAAGGUUUGCAAGCACAACACCAGCACGUAGUAAGCUCGGCGCCUCCUCCACCACCACCGCCGCCGCCUCCACCACCACCACCUUCCAACGUAUUGAGCUCCGCUCAUCACCCGGCGCCGGCCCAAGGACUACAUCACCCAUCUCACCAAGGGCCCUCCCUUUUCCCGUCAAGCGCUCACUCAACGGUGUCAACUUACCCAUCACAGCCUCCUCCUCAUCCCCCGUUGGGAUCCGGACCUCAGCAUCAGCCGGCCGGGACGGGAGCGCACUGUCCCCUCCCCGGCCAGGUGUCUCACCUCCAGCAGCCUCAAGGACCCGCCAGUAUUGCCACCACCCCUACGGCCUCCGGCUUCUGUCCUCAUCCGGGCUCCGUGUCCCUUCCUCACGGCGUGCAAGGACCUCAACAAGCAUCUCCGCUGCCCGGGCAGAUCCCUAUCCACAGAGCCCAGGUGCCGCCGACGUUUCAAAACAAUUACCACGGUUCCGGCUGGCAUUAA